AGUUUUGGGUAUGGAAUACGAGUUAUUGUUAGUCUCCUUAUUGGUGUUAUUCUUUGGACUUACAACAACGUCUGGAUGUAUCGUUGAACGGGAAAAUUCUUGUACCUGCGACCCUACAAUGCGACAGGUGUCAUGUACACGGUUGGGAGACUCUGUGGAUGAUGUGUUGCCACAUUUAAUACCUGACGAAACUUGGCAAUUGGUGAUGAAACGCGUGUGGGUAGAUGAUGCGGUUGAACUUCGACCUCACAAUUUUGUGACGCUGAAACAAUUAAGAUGGUUGGACUUUUCGUACAAUCGGAUUUCAGUGAUACAUCCCGAAACAUUCAGUGACAUGAGGAGUCUAUACUUCGUGAAUUUAUCUCACAAUCGUUUGAGGCUGCUGGAAUCGAAUGCAUUCAAUGGAAAUUUACCGGAUUUAUUGUCCUUAGAUCUUUCUUAUAAUCGAUUGUUACUGCUGACGGACCGCAAUUUCAAGGCUGUAAAGAAUCUGAAAUUCUUAGAUCUCAGAAACAAUCCAAUUUUGUUCAUAUCAGGAGAGGCAUUCUGGGGACUUUCACAGUUGGAACGUUUGAAAUUAUCGUCUGCAAAUUUCACCAAAUUUCCGGCAGAACCAUUGAGUUCUUUAUUAAACCUGAGAAUGCUGGAAAUGCGUGAUAUGCCUUUCAUAAAAUCCAUUCCAGAUCAUGCAUUCAGUUUCAACAGCCGACUGGAAAGUCUUGUUCUUGAGAAAUUGCCAUUGUCAGUUGGUGGCCUCUCAGUCGAUGUUUUUUACGGGUUGGAAAGUUUACGGCACAUGACUAUUGCGUCUUGCAACCUGACUUCGGUGCCAUGUACGUCAUUGUCAAAGGUGAAACAUAGUCUGGAAAGUUUGGACCUUUCGAGAAAUUCAAUUCAGAUCAUAUAUCCGGAUGAUUUAUCAGGUCUCUCGGAUUUAAAAAAUUUGACUCUGCACGACACGCAUUUGCAAGAGAUAAAACCGGGAUCAUUUAUCAAAUUAGAAAAACUUGAAGCUUUAGACUUAUCCAACAACAGGUUGAGAACCUUGUACCAUGAUUCAUUUCCGGAGAAUUUAACCCAACUGCAGGAGAUACGUUUGACUAAUAAUGUUUGGUCAUGUGAUUGUAGUCUGAAGUGGUUAACAGAGUCUCACAUUAGUUUGGGACAUGAUCACGUAACCUGCACUGACCCCAGGAGCGAAAGGGGGAAGAGUCUUAAGGAAAUGAGAAAGAAACUUCCUGAUACCUUCUAUAAAUGUAAAUCACCUAUAAUUACCACAAAAGAAUACAGCGAAGAGAGAUACGUCGAGGGCGAUCAGGCACUGUUAUAUUGUGAUGCUAUUGGGGAACCUUUGUCAUUUUCUUGGUACUUUGCAGGUACAGUCAUACCAGUUCGUGGAAGUGAUUUACGAAAAAAUGGAAAAGAACUUACUAUACGCAACGUUCAACUUAAUGACGCGGGAGAAUAUACUUGCAUUAUACGAAAUGCUGGAGGACAAAAGUCGAUAACUGUACUCUUGCAUGUAGAUGCAGCCAAGCACGGAGACAUGAGCAGCAAUUUGCCUCCUGGUCGUGGUAAUGACGGAAGCGUUAAAGAUUCCGGUAAAGACUGUUCAACUGGCACGCAAAAUAUUCGACGUGAAUUCAGUAGAAAACCUGGUUUUUCCUCUGAAAAUUCUUUCGACAAAUCGAAUAUCGCCACAACAGCGAUACUGAUCACAAUUUUAGGCUGUGUCACAACACUAGGAGUCGCUGGUGUUUUUUUGUUUGUUGGAUGCGUGUGGAGUAAAAGACGAGAUGCUGCUGGUCAAAAUUCACGAAACACGCAAAACUCUGCUCCGUCAGUAAACGUAAACGGUCAUUGCAAACACGAACAAUCAAAAAAUGCAAGCAAAAAGACCAUGAAAUCAAUUGAACUUACAGAUGAGCGUGUAGUGUUUGGAGGUCAUGGUAUUUACUCCAAACCGAUACAAGACUUGGACUGCCCGAAAAUAGAUAGGCAGUCAAAUAUCAACAGAAAAAAAUAACGAGCCGGGCAACAUCCUGUAGUAUUUGCGAGCUCAGAGAAGAACGCAGUUUACAAUUGCGUAUACAAUCAUGGGUUCAAAAAUGCCCGACGCUUCAACGUUCCGAUUACGGCAUCAAAUAAGCGUGCCUUUGUUUGGAGGUAUUAGAUUGUAAUUCAUCUUUUUGUAUUUCUCAAAUUUUUCAUUCAAAUAUCUCACAACGGAAAAUAUUUGUAAAGUUACAGAGAACUGAUGCAUGGUCGGUUGCCACAUAAAUUAGAGUAUUUACAUGUAUUUCAGCUUUGCACUUCUUUUGAAAUGUCUUGAACUAUUCCAGUUCGAAAUACCCAAUUUUCAACUUCGUUUUUUAUAUUUUGCGUAAAAUGACUUGAAAUUCAAAUUCCACUUGCUUUUAUUUGCGUUUUAUGCAACACAGUUAAGAGAAUUAU